AUGUCUAAUCCCAGCAUCCUCCUCCUCGGAACCCUCGAUUCCAAGCGCGAAGAAAUUCUCUACCUACGCGCUCAAAUCCUCACCCACUCCAAACCCACCACAAAAGUACUCCUCGCCGACGUAGGACGCAGACCAGCUACCGAUCCCGAAAUAGACAUUCCCCAAUCUGAAACCCUUUCUCACGCCUCUUCCCCCAUCGAUUAUUCCACCCUCUCCCGCGGUGAAUAUAUCGAGCAUAUAUCCAUCUGUGCCACCAACCUCGUGCGUGAGCUCUUCGAAAAGAAGUCUAUCCAUGCGAUUAUCGGAAUAGGUGGAUCGGGGGGAACUUCAUUAUGUGCAUAUAUCAUGCGCAACGCGUUACCCAUUGGAUUCCCUAAGCUGGUAGUUUCAACCAUGGGAAGUGGAAACACGGGACCAUAUGUAGGGGAAACGGAUAUCACAAUGAUGUACAGUGUAGUUGACAUUGCGGGCACAAAUUCGAUAUUGAAGGGAAUCCUUGACAACGCGGCUGGAGCGAUUUCAGGAUUAGCUUAUGCAUAUUGGAAACGCUGUAUAAAGAAAGAACAGGCGAAUAAUGUGCCUAGGAAGAAAGGUAUAGGAUUAACUAUGUUCGGAAUCACAACUCCAUGCGUGGAAAUGGUAAAAAAUAUCCUGGAGAAAAAUAGCAAGGAGUAUGAAAUAUAUAUUUUCCACGCCACGGGACCCGGUGGAAAAGCAAUGGAGAGAUUAAUACGAGAAAAACGCAUCGAUGCCGUUCUCGACGUAACCACCACCGAAAUAGCCGAUUACGUCUGCGGGGGCAUAUUAUCAGCAGGACCCGAAAGACUUUCCGCCGCGGCCGAAAUGGGAAUUCCCCAGAUCGUAAGUGUAGGCGCAUGUGAUUGUGUAAAUUUUGGACCGCGAGACUCGAUACCCGAGAAAUUUAAGGACAGAGUGUUGGUGCAACAUAAUCCAGAUAUGACAUUGAUGCGAUCGAAUGCGGAUGAGUGUGCUGAGAUAGGCAAGUUUAUAGCGGGAAGAUUAAAGGAGAAAGCGAAGAGGAAAGACCUGGUAAAAGUAUGUUUACCGAGAAAGGGAACAAGUAUGUUAGCUGUAGAGGGAGGGAAGUUCCACGAUGUUGAGGCGGAUAAGAUGUUAUUUGAAGCAAUCAAGGAUGGGUUAGAUGGGAGUGGAAUUGAGGUCUUGGAGAAAAACCGCACAGUCAAUGAUGAGGAAUUCGCUCAAUUUAUGGCGGAGGAGCUUAUACAACUGAUCUCUAAGUCGUGA